AUGGUGACUGAAGAAGACAAGAUUUUCGCCAAGAAUUUCAACAUCGACCAACUCCCCGACGUCCCUGCCGGACUUCCUCCGCAUCUCAAGCUCAAACAAUCUCGCGUCGUCCCUAAAAAUGUCGCUCCCCUUAACACUGAUAGUGCAAUUUACUCUGGAGGCUAUGUCACCACGGGAGGGGAAGAGAGUGUGAAAGUGGAAAGCUUUUACGAGAAUUUCAAAGUUGAUGUGAUUAGUUGCACAGAGACAGAUAUCGAAUUCGAUAUGGUCGGUAUCGAUUCAUCAUUCGCCAACGCAUUCCGAAGAAUCCUUAUAGCUGAGGUUCCUUCAAUGGCUAUUGAGAAAGUGCUUAUAGCAAACAACACAUCGCUUGUUAUAGACGAAGUUCUUGCUCACAGGAUUGGUCUUAUUCCAAUUGCCGUAGAUCCAAGGCUCUUUGAGUAUUUAUCCGAAAAUGACCAGCCAAAUGAGAAGAACACCAUUGUUUUCAAACUCCAUGUGAAAUGUCCAAAAGGCGAAUCACGUCUCAAAGUUUUAACGAGCGAAUUGCAAUGGUUACCAAAUGGAAGUGAGUUUCUCAAAGAAGCAAAAGGUUCAAACGCAAAGCCAAAAACUUACACUUCAUUCAGCUGUAGCCAAGACUCUUUACCUGAGUUUGCUGAUAACCCCAUCACUCUCAGCCACCUCGAUAUCUUGAUAGCAAAACUCAGCCCUGGUCAGGAAAUCGAGCUCGAAGCUCAUGCGGUUAAAGGCAUUGGUAAAACACAUGCAAAGUGGUCUCCAGUAGGCACAGCUUGGUAUCGAAUGCUUCCUGAGGUGGUGCUAAAAGGGGAAGUUGAGGAUGAACUUGCUGAAAGACUCGUAAAAGCCUGCCCACAGAAAGUUUUCGACAUUGAAGACAUGGGCAAUGGUGGGAAACGGGCGACGGUAGCGCAGCCACGUAAGUGCACGUUGUGCAAGGAAUGUGUAAGGGACGAUGAAUUGGUAGACUUUGUGGACCUUCGCAGUGUGAAGGACCAUUUUAUAUAUAACAUUGAGUCCACUGGAUCAUUGCCUCCGGAUGUUCUCUUCACUGAAGCUGUGAAGAUUUUGGAAAAUAAAUGUGAACGUGUACUCGCUGCACUCUCCUGA